UUUUUAAAAAUUUUCUACUCAAAAGCAAUUUUUCUUUCAAUUUAUUCAAUGGGAGCUAAUUGGUCUAAAUCUGUCCCAAUUUUAAAUUAUAUUCCUGGCUUGUCUUUACCUCACAAGGGUUUUUGUUGUAAAUACUUCAUUAAAAAUGGGGGCAGGAAAGAUGGCAGCACAGGUUGGGCAUGCAGCUGUCGGUCUUUAUAGAAAUUGCCAAAUGAGUGGAGAACAAGGACAAAUGUCGUUAAAUCAAUGGAGAGAAAAUGGAGAAAUGAAAAUUGUUUUAAAGGGAGAAAAUGCAUCCCAAUUAGACGAAUUAAAUAGAAAAGCAAAAGAUGCCGGUGAUGUUUUUGUUUAUCUUGUACGUGAUGCAGGGCAUACACAAAUCCCUGCUGGGUCUAAAACUGUGUUGGGAGUUUUUGGAACAAUCGAGGCUGUUGAUAGAAUAACUGGGGGAUUGAAACUUUUUUAA